AUGGAAAAUGCGUCCCCAUAUAAUCCAAAUGAAGGCACUAUUUAUGCCGAAUUCGAGGAUCCCCGCCGCAUGCAACUAAUUCAAGCCAUUGUUGCGCUCUCGCCGGAACUUGCAAAGCUCCCAAGGGACACAUACUUCUGUCUAUGGCUGGCAGAUAUUUCCCGCUUGGAGGUUCUCGCAGAUCCCAAAAUCGACAAGACACUCCGAUACAAUUCAAUCAUGAACCUGAUUCCCGAUCCGUGUUUGAUUGGGGCCAGAGCUUUUGAACUCAAGGGACCUCGGGAUCAACAGGUUGCAAAAGCGAGUUUAGAGAUAGAUAAUAACAUAUGUAUCCUUACUCAGACUGGACAGCCGGGUCUUGUUCCGGCUCGCAUAUUCCCCUACUCUUUAAACGGCAGCGAUGGCGCGAAAACGUGGAGGUUUCUUUCGAUGUUGUGGACCGAAGAGAAGGUAUCUGCGUGGAAAGAAUCAAUCCUUGAGUUCUCGCCCGAUAGACAGUCUUUGAUCAACACAGAAAAGGUUGAAAACUAUAUUACCCUCCACAUCGGACCGCAUAAUUUGUGGAAUAGAUGCGGCUUUGCGCUCCGACCUAUCUUCUUGGACGCAAAUCAAACACACCUAAGAUUGCAAUUCCAUUAUUUACCAUUGAAGUCAAAUGUACCGAAGACCUUUCGUUCCGAGCUAGUUGAUACUGCAAGCAAACCUGAUCUUCCCUCUCUUGAAGAGCUGGACUAUUGUCCCAGUCAACCGCUCAAAUUAUUUUGUUUCGAUGGCGAGGACCUCAUGAGUGGAGAAGACAUCGCUAUGUGGAGCUCUGACCCCAAAAAAUACCCACUUCCAUCGUGGCAUCUUCUAGAGAUGCAGUGGAUAUUCUCGAGGAUCAGUGCAAUGUAUGGCGCGAGUGAUCCUCAGGACGAAGCAAACGAGUGCUAA